GCAGCCGCGCGCCGGGCCCGAGGGGGGUGUGGCGCGGGCGCGCGCGGGUCCCAAGGUUGCCGGAGGCAGCGGGCGGGGAGGAGGGGGAGAGGCGCGUCCCGCGGACGCGGCCAUUGUGCGAGGCGGGGGGGGGGGUCCGCUCGCUGGGCGGGGACCCAGGUGGCUCCUGGGGCUCGGGGCGGCGCGCUGGCCUCCAUGCGGCCCCGGGGCAGGAGCGGCCCCCGCCCGCGCGCCCGGCCACCCGGCUCUCCCUGGGCGCCCCCGCCCGGCGCGGUGGUACGGUCCGGGUUUAAAAGGCCCCGGCGGCCGCGGGCCUGCCCAGUGUGUGGGCGCGGCGGGGGCGCGCACGGGGCGCGGCGGCGGGGACGCGCGAGUGGGGCCGGUGUGGGGCUCGGGGGCGCGUCCACGUGGCUGGCAGGCGGCCACCCGGAGCCAGCGGCAGCGGAGGGACAGGCCUGUGCCCGGGUGCAGCUGCUGGCCAUGCCUGCUGUCUGCUUCCUCCUGCUGGUCCUCCCUGCCUUGGCGGGGGCCGUGGACAACAGCAGGCCCUUCCCGGCCUUCUUGGUGACAGACACUACGCUCACGCACCUGGCCGUGCACCGGGUGACUGGGGAGGUGUUUGUGGGUGCAGUGAACCGCAUCUUCAAGCUGGCCCCCAACCUGACCGAGCUGCGGGCCCACGUCACGGGGCCUGUCGAGGACAAUGCUCGCUGCUACCCACCCCCCAGCAUGCGAGUGUGUGCCCACCGCCUGGCACCUGUAGACAACGUGAACAAGCUGCUGCUCAUAGACUACGCGGCCCGCCGCCUGGUGGCCUGUGGCAGCAUCUGGCAGGGCAUCUGCCAGUUCCUGCGCCUGGACGACCUCUUCAAGCUGGGUGAGCCCCACCACCGCAAGGAGCACUACCUGUCAGGGGCUCAGGAGCCUGACUCCAUGGCCGGCGUCAUUGUGGAGCAGGGGCAGGGGCCCAGCAAGCUGUUCGUGGGCACCGCUGUGGACGGCAAGUCCGAGUACUUCCCCACCCUCAGCUCCCGCAAGCUCAUCAGCGACGAGGACAGUGCCGACAUGUUCAGUCUGGUGUACCAGGACGAGUUUGUCUCCUCGCAAAUCAAGAUCCCCUCAGACACGCUGUCCUUGUACCCCGCCUUUGACAUCUACUACAUCUACGGCUUUGUGAGCGCCUCCUUCGUGUACUUCCUGACGCUGCAGCUGGACACCCAGCAGACGCUGCUGGACACGGCGGGCGAGAAAUUCUUCACGUCCAAGAUCGUGCGCAUGUGCGCCGGGGACUCGGAGUUCUACUCGUAUGUGGAGUUCCCCAUCGGCUGCUCCUGGCGAGGCGUGGAGUACCGCCUGGUGCAGAGUGCCCACCUGGCCAAGCCCGGCCUGCUGCUGGCCCAGGCCCUGGGCGUGCCGCCUGACGAGGACAUCCUCUUCACCGUGUUCUCUCAGGGCCAGAAGAACCGCGCCAGCCCGCCACGGCAGACCAUCCUCUGCCUCUUUACCCUCAGCAACAUCAAUGCCCAUAUUCGGCGCCGCAUCCAGUCCUGCUACCGUGGGGAGGGCACGCUGGCCCUGCCCUGGCUGCUCAACAAGGAGCUGCCCUGCAUCAACACCCCCAUGCAGAUAAAUGGGAACUUCUGCGGGCUGGUGUUGAACCAGCCCCUGGGGGGCCUGCAUGUGAUCGAGGGGCUGCCCCUGCUGGCUGACAGCAGCGACGGCAUGGCCAGUGUGGCCGCCUACACCUACCGCCAGCACUCUGUGGUCUUCGUCGGCACUCGGACUGGCACUCUGAAGAAGGUCCGGGUUGAUGGCUCCCAGUACGCCCAGCUGUACGAGACCGUGCCUGUGGCGGAUGGCAGCCCCAUCCUCCGGGACCUGCUCUUCAGCCCUGACCACCGGCACAUCUACCUCCUGAGUGAGAAGCAGGUGAGCCAGCUCCCGGUGGAGACGUGCGAGCAGUACGUGAGCUGCGCGGCCUGCCUCGGCUCGGGGGACCCCCACUGUGGUUGGUGUGUCCUGCAGCACAGGUGCUGCCGCCAAGGGGCCUGUCCGGGUGCCUCAGCCCCGCACGGCUUUGCCGAGGAACUGAGCAAAUGUGUCCAGGUGCGGGUCCGGCCCAACAAUGUUUCGGUGAGCUCGCCCGCUGUGCAGCUGACGGUGGCCAUGCGCAACGCGCCCGACCUCAGCGCUGGUGUGAGCUGUGCCUUUGAGGAGGUGACGGAGAGCGCGGCCGUCGUGCUGCCCUCCGGGGAGCUGCACUGCCCCUCGCCCUCCCUCCAGGAGCUCCGGGCUCUCACCCGGGGGCAUGGGGCCACGCGCACCGUGCGGCUGCAGCUGCUCUCCAGGGAGACUGGGGUGAAGUUCGCCGGGGUCGACUUCGUCUUGUACAACUGCAGCGCGCUCCAGUCGUGCAUGUCCUGCGUCGGCAGCCCUUACCCCUGCCACUGGUGUAAGUACCGUCACGUGUGUACCGGCCACCCCCACGAGUGCUCCUUCCAGGAGGGCAGGGUCCACAGCCCUGAGGGCUGCCCUGAGAUCCUGCCCGGCGGGGACCUCUUGAUCCCAGUGGGCGUCAUGCAGCCUCUUACCCUGCGGGCCAAGAACCUGCCGCAGCCGCAGUCAGGCCAGAAGAACUACGAGUGCGUGCUCCGGGUGCAGGGGCGCCAGCAGCGGGUGCCGGCCGUGCGCUUCAACAGCAGCAGCGUGCAGUGCCAGAACGCCUCGGUGCGCGCCCCCGGGGCUGCGCGCGGCUGCGCGGGGCUGCGCGGGGCUGCGCGCGGCUGCGCGCGCUCUGGGCUCACGCUCACGCGGCUCCCUCUCUCCCAGUACUCCUAUGAAGGCGACGAGUCCGGCGACACCGAGCUGGACUUCUCGGUGGUCUGGGAUGGGGAUUUCCCCAUCGACAAGCCUGCCACCUUCCGAGCUCUCCUGUAUAAGUGCUGGGCGCAGCGGCCCAGCUGCGGCCUCUGCCUCAAGGCUGACCCUCGCUUCAACUGCGGCUGGUGCGUCUCGGAGCACAGGUGCCAGCUGCGGGCGCACUGCCCAGCCCCCAAGACCAACUGGAUGCACCCGAGCCAGAAGGGCACCCGCUGCAGCCACCCCCGCAUUGCCCAGAUCCACCCGCUCAUGGGGCCCAAGGAGGGAGGCACCCGCGUCACCAUCGUGGGCGAGAACCUGGGCCUCAGCUACCGAGAGGUGGGCCUGCGGGUCGCGGGCGUGCGCUGCAACUCCAUCCCCUCUGAGUACGUCAGCGCCGAGAGGAUCGUGUGUGAGAUGGAGGAGUCGCUGGUGCCCAGCCCGCCGCCAGGGCCUGCGGAGCUCUGUGUGGGCGACUGUUCCGCUGACUUCCGCACGCAGUCCGAGCAGCUCUACAGCUUUGUGACGCCAGCGUUUGACCGCGUGAGUCCCAGUCGGGGCCCGGCGUCCGGGGGCACACGGCUCACCAUCUCCGGGAGCUCGCUGGACGCCGGCAGCAGGGUCACUGUGACUGUGAGGGACGGCGAGUGCCAGUUUGUGAGGAGAGAUGCUGAGGCAAUUGUGUGUAUCUCACCCGUAUCGACCCUGGGCCCCAGCCAGGCCCCCAUCACCCUGGCCAUCGACCGCGCCAACAUCUCCAGUCCUGGAGUCUUCUACACCUACACCCAGGACCCCACUGUCACUCGCCUUGAGCCCACCUGGAGCAUAAUCAAUGGAAGCACUGCCAUCACUGUGAGCGGGACCCACCUACUGACAGUCCAGGAGCCCCGGGUCCGGGCCAAGUACCGAGGCAUCGAGACCACCAAUACGUGCCAGGUGAUCAACGACACCGCCAUGCUAUGUAAGGCCCCCGGCAUCUUCCUGGGACGGCCCCAGCCCCAGGCCCAGGGUGAACACCCCGACGAGUUCGGCUUCGUGCUGGAUCAUGUGCAGACGGCCCGCUCCCUCAACCGGUCCUCCUUUACCUACUACCCUGACCCCAGCUUUGAGCCACUUGGGCCCUCUGGUGUGCUGGAUGUCAAACCUGGCUCCCACGUGGUGCUGAAGGGCAAGAAUCUGAUCCCCGCAGCGGCUGGCAGCUCCCGCCUCAACUACACGGUGCUGAUCGGGGGCCAGCCAUGCGCCCUCACGGUCUCCGACACGCAGCUGCUGUGUGACUCGCCCAGCCAGACGGGCCGGCAGCCUGUCAUGGUGCUGGUGGGCGGCCUGGAGUUCUGGCUGGGUACCCUGCACAUCACGGCUGAGCGGGCGCUGACCCUGCCGGCCGUGGUGGGCCUGGCGGCAGGCGGUGGCCUCUUACUGCUGGCCAUCACCGCCGUGCUGGUGGCCUAUAAGCGCAAGACCCAGGAUGCCGACCGCACGCUCAAGCGGCUUCAGCUGCAGAUGGACAACUUGGAGUCCCGCGUGGCUCUGGAAUGCAAGGAAGCCUUUGCUGAGCUGCAGACAGACAUCAAUGAGCUGACCAAUCACAUGGAUGGCGUGCAGAUCCCGUUCCUGGACUACCGGACCUACGCCGUGCGCGUGCUCUUCCCGGGCAUUGAGGCCCAUCCGGUGCUCAAGGAGCUGGAUACCCCCCCCAACGUCGAAAAGGCCCUGCGCCUCUUUGGGCAGCUGCUGCACAGCCGUGCCUUCGUGCUCACCUUCAUCCACACGCUGGAGGCCCAGAGUAGCUUCUCCAUGCGAGACCGUGGCACCGUGGCCUCGCUCACCAUGGUGGUCCUGCAGAGCCGCCUCGAUUACGCCACGGGGUUGCUCAAGCAACUGCUGGCAGACCUCAUAGAGAAAAACCUGGAGAGCAAGAACCACCCGAAGCUGCUGCUGCGCAGGACCGAGUCGGUGGCUGAGAAGAUGCUUACCAACUGGUUCACGUUCCUGCUGCACAAGUUUCUAAAGGAGUGUGCCGGGGAGCCGCUUUUCUUGCUCUACUGCGCCAUCAAGCAGCAGAUGGAGAAGGGCCCCAUUGACGCCAUCACGGGCGAGGCACGCUACUCCCUGAGUGAGGACAAGCUCAUUCGGCAGCAGAUUGACUAUAAGACGCUGACCCUGCACUGUGUGUUCCCGGAGAGCGAGGGCAGCGCUCAGGUCCCAGUGAAGGUUCUCAACUGUGACAGCAUCACCCAAGCCAAAGAUAAGCUGCUGGAUGCUGUGUACAAGGGCAUCCCAUACUCCCAGCGCCCCAAAGCUGAGGACAUGGACCUAGAAUGGCGUCAGGGCCGCAUGGCCCGCAUCAUCCUCCAGGAUGAAGAUGUCACCACCAAGAUCGAGUGUGACUGGAAGAGGGUCAACUCACUGGCCCACUACCAGGUGACAGAUGGUUCCUUGGUGGCGCUGGUGCCCAAACAAGUGUCCGCCUACAACAUGGCCAACUCCUUCACCUUCACUCGCUCCCUCAGCCGCUACGAGAGCUUGCUGCGCACGGCCAGUAGCCCCGACAGCCUCCGUUCUCGGGCACCCAUGAUCACGCCCGACCAGGAAACUGGCACCAAGCUGUGGCACCUGGUGAAGAACCACGACCACGCCGACCACCGUGAGGGGGACCGUGGCAGCAAGAUGGUCUCAGAGAUCUACCUGACGCGACUGCUGGCCACCAAGGGCACGCUGCAGAAGUUCGUGGACGACCUCUUUGAGACUGUGUUCAGCACGGCCCACCGGGGAUCAGCCCUGCCCCUGGCCAUCAAGUACAUGUUCGACUUCCUGGACGAACAGGCCGACCAGCGCCAGAUCAGUGACCCUGACGUACGCCACACCUGGAAGAGCAACUGUCUGCCCCUGCGCUUCUGGGUGAACGUGAUCAAGAACCCACAGUUCGUGUUCGACAUUCACAAGAGCAGCAUCACGGACGCCUGCCUGUCAGUGGUGGCCCAGACUUUCAUGGACUCCUGCUCCACGUCUGAGCAUCGCCUGGGCAAGGACUCGCCGUCCAACAAGCUGCUCUAUGCCAAGGACAUCCCCAACUACAAGAGCUGGGUGGAGAGGUACUACCGGGACAUUGCAAAGAUGGCGUCCAUUAGCGACCAGGACAUGGAUGCCUACCUGGUAGAGCAGUCCCGUCUCCAUGCCAGUGACUUCAACAUCUUAAGCGCGCUCAGUGAGCUCUACUUCUACGUCACCAAGUACCGCCAGGAGGUUCUCAGCGCUCUGGAGCGAGAUGCCUCUUGUCGGAAGCAUAAGUUGCGACAGAAACUGGAACAGAUCAUCAGCCUCGUGUCCAGCAACCCCUAAGGGUGGCGGAACCGGUGAGGAGGAGGGGGCGUCUCAGUCCUGAGCUGUCCUCUGGGCUGAGCCCCGGAUCCGGGGGGCAGGGGGGCGGGGGCCGGGGGGGUCACCGGGCCGAUAUGCCCCCCGGCACACCUGGGCCCCAUUCAUUAGUGCCUUCCUCUGGGCCCUGCGUGGGGGCAGGGGUGACAGGACCAAGCCCCUGACCCCGGCAGCAGCAAUACCCCUGCCCUCCUGCCCUCCCUCCCGCCCCCCUGCCCUCCUACCCCCUGCCCCCCUGCCCUCCUUGCUAUUUAUACCCCCAAGCACCUAUUUAUUUAAUUUAUCUCCACCUCGCCAUCUCCAUCCGUAACUGUGUGUCCCUUCUCCGGGAUGCUGUCGACCUCGCGCACCUUCUCUCCUUGAGUCGUCCUGGCUCCUCUGUGACACCCGCAGCCUUGGCCUAGCCUCUGGCACCUCCCCCUCGCCCCGCUCCCCCCCCCCCCCCCCGCCAUGGCUGGCCCCGCCCCUCCCGAGCAGGGGUGUUGGCACCCAGCACUCGGGGGUGCGGGUGAGUGGAGGGAGGGCGACGCCCCCGAAGCCGCCCUCGGGCUGUGGCUGUGCCCAGGGGUCUCCCCGCAGCUGGGCCACGGCAUCCCCUCCGACCGUCUCGGGAGUCGGACUGUAUACCUUCUCCCAGGGCCCUGGCCUGAGCAUCUGGACGCCUAUAGCCAGGCUUGGGCCGGGGCCUGAGCUGGGCCUGGGGACUCUGGAACUCUCCUUCUCCCGGCCCUACUGCCAAACUUCCUCAGUGUUGUCUGCACUUGGCCCCGGACCCCUCGCCCCUCAGCUGCCCUGCCCUGCGCCUGCCCCGAGUGGCCUGGCCGAGGCGGCCGUGCCUUACUCCUUGGUUCUUCUUCUUCCUCCUCUGAGGGAUCUGGCCCCGUCUCGGGGUCCCGAAAACCCAGUUCUCUCCCCCUUUUGGGCAUGAGCUUUUUGUUGUUGUUGCUGUUGUUGAUGUCAUCUUUUUUCCUCAUUAAACGUUGGGAAAGCGG